GAAGUAUGAAUUACGUGGGGCAGCUUGCAGGACAAGUUCUGGUUACUGUGAAGGAACUAUACAAAGGCAUUAACCAGGCUACACUGUCAGGAUGCAUUGAUGUAAUUGUAGUUCGACAACAGGAUGGUACAUAUCUGUGCUCACCAUUCCACGUUCGUUUUGGAAAGCUUGGCGUUUUGCGUUCCAAGGAAAAAGUGAUUGAUAUUGAAAUAAAUGGAGAAGCAGUUGAUCUUCAUAUGAAACUGGGUGACAAUGGGGAAGCUUUCUUUGUGCAAGAAACAGAAGAAAAGUUUGAAAAAGUUCCAGCACAUCUAGCAACAUCCCCAAUUCCCACAGAAGAUCAGUUCUUCAAAGAUAGUGAUGACCAUUUGCUGAAGUCAAGUGAAAAUGCAAGGAAACACUCAGAAAUUCCACAAAUUGUAGAAACAGAGCCUGUGUUUUCAUCUGGAUCUGUGAAGAAGAAAAAGCGGAGGAGAAGAAAAUGUAAACAAGAUGCCAAGAAAGAAGAUCUGAUCGCCUCUCCUGGAACUGAAGAAGUAUUUGAAAUGGAAAUAAGUUCUGAUGAUGAGAGAAGUAUUCAGCCUCUGAGAAAUUCCUCAGAUUCGCCACAGAAGGAUGAAGAAUAUAGAGAAUCAUUGAUUUACCAUUCAAAAGACCAUUAUCCCUUAUCUGAUGGAGACUGGUCUCCUUUGGAAAACCCUUUUAACCAGGCAGCUUGUCCUAAAAGUGAUUCAGAACUGGAAGUGAAACCCGCAGAGAGCUUGCUGAGAGCAGAGUCGCACAUGGAAUGGACGUGGGGAGGUUUCCCUGAAUCAACCAAGAUAAGCAAGAAAGAAAAACUAGAACAUCCUAGAACUGUCACUCUCACCCCAACAGAGAAGACUCAUUUCAGAGUCAUCUCCAGCACUGACACAGUUGAAGAUGACAUUUUGGUGAACAGUUCGGUGUGCAUGGUACUGAAACCCGAACCAAGAACUCAUCCUCUACUUAAGGAGCUGGAUAUAAGAGACAGAUUUGUUUCUACAGCGGCAGACCCUGUUUUGGAAAUUCUUCAAGACUCAUCUGCAUUGGAUACUGAUACUCUUCCUAGUCCAUUGGUAGAUUCUCCAUCAGAAACUAAACAAUUGGCAAAACUUGACUCUCCAUCAAAGAAGAAAGGGACACAUAAGAGAAGCCAGCACCAAGGGCCUGAUGACAUAUACUUGGAUGAUUUGAAGGCUUUGGAACCUGAAGUUGCAGCUCUGUAUUUUCCCAAGAGUGACUCUGAUCCAGGUUCCAGACAGUGGGUGGAAUCUGAUACCCUCUCCGGGUCACAGUCGCCACAAUCUGUGGGAAGCGCGGCAGCUGACAGUGGCACAGAGUGUAUGUCUGAUUCCGCUAUGGACUUGCCUGAUGUCACUCUCUCUCUUUGUGGCGGUCUUACUGAAAAUGGAGAGAUAUCUAAAGAAAAAUUCAUGGAGCAUAUUAUUACUUACCAUGAAUUUGCUGAAAACCCAGGACUUAUAGACAAUCCUAAUCUGGUAAUAAGGAUAUACAAUAGGUACUAUAACUGGGCAUUGGCUGCUCCCUUGAUUCUCAGCCUGCAGGUGUUCCAGAAGAGUUUGCCACAGGCUACAGUUGAAUCUUGGAUUAAAGAUAAAAUGCCAAAGAAGUCUGGAAGAUGGUGGUUCUGGCGUAAGAAAGACAGCUUAGUUAAACAGCUUCCUGAGCCAAAGGACGGGAAAUCUGAAGCUCCAAAAAGUGACCUAUCAGCUACUAUGAAGGAACAAGUUGAAAGCCGGCCUACAGAUGAUUCUUCUAGUGAUGAAGGAUCACAGGAACUGAAAGAAUCUUUAAAAAAAGAUUCUAUUUCAAUUGAACAUCCAAGCCAUGGGAAUUCUACCUCAUAUAAAAAGUCACUACGAUUGUCUUCAGAUCAAAUUGCAAAGCUGAGACUUAGAGAUGGCCCAAAUGAUGUUGUGUUCAGCAUUACAACCCAGUAUCAGGGGACUUGCCGUUGUGCAGGAACGAUAUACCUGUGGAACUGGAAUGACAAAAUCAUCAUUUCUGAUAUUGAUGGGACAAUAACAAAGUCUGAUGCUUUAGGACAGAUUCUGCCGCAACUCGGUAAAGACUGGACACAUCAGGGUAUCGCAAAACUGUACCAUUCUAUUAACGAGAAUGGCUACAAAUUUCUGUAUUGUUCUGCUCGUGCCAUUGGAAUGGCAGAUAUGACAAGAGGGUACUUGCAUUGGGUCAAUGACAAAGGAACAAUCCUGCCUAGAGGUCCCUUGAUGUUGUCUCCAAGCAGUUUAUUCUCUGCUUUUCAUAGAGAAGUGAUAGAGAAGAAGCCAGAGAAGUUCAAAAUCGAGUGUUUAAAUGAUAUCAAGAACUUGUUUGGUCCACGUGAACAACCUUUCUAUGCUGCUUUUGGAAACAGGCCUAAUGAUGUAUAUGCCUACAUGCAAGUGGGAGUUCCCGAUUGUCGAAUAUUCACAGUCAACCCAAAGGGUGAACUAAUCCAGGAACAAACGAAGGGAAACAAGUCUUCGUAUUACAGACUCAGUGAACUUGUAGAACAUGUGUUUCCACUUCUGAAUAAGGAACAGAGUUCUGCCUUUGUGUGCCCAGAAUUCAGCUCCUUCUGCUUUUGGAGAGAACCACUUCCAGAGGUGAACAUAGAAGAUUUAGUUUGAAUAGCACUGCUCCCACACCACCUCUUUCUGGAGAGAGGACACUUUAUCCUUUGGUACCACAUGUCUUAUUAGAUACAGAAAAUGUCAUA